CUCGCGCGCUGCUCCCGCUUUACGGCUGCUGAAAACCCGGCCCGCGCCCGGCAAGCCGUACCGCAGACGAGCCCGCGCCCGCGCCCGCGCCGCUCAGAGCUUUUAUUGUACUUGGAGGAAUGAGAAAAGUCACUAAAUGAUCUCCCAGCUGGACAUUGGAAAUAGCUUUUGAUGGUUUAGGGCCUCUUUCACUUGACCCCAGGCCCACCCCUAAACUAGAGGAACCUCUACAGAACACAAGGGCUCCAGAGACCAUCGCUUUUAGGAAAUGAGCUUUGACUGUUAGGCACCUGGAUGAAGAGCCCUGGAUUCAGCUUGUCAGAGUCCUGUGACCUGCAAAGACCCUCUGGUUGCACUAGGAUCAUUCGACUGAAGUAAAAAGAUGGCCUAUCAGAAGGUCAAUGCAGAUCGAAGAGCUCCAGGACAUUCACAGUACCUAGACAAUGAUGACCUCCAAGCCACUGCCCUUGACUUAGAGUGGGACAUGGAAAAGGAACUGGAGGAGCCUGGUUUUGACCAGUUCCAGCUAGAUAGUGCUGAGAAUCAGAACCUGGAGAAUUCAGAGACUACAGACCUCAAUCUUGAUCCCAUUCAACCAGCAACUUCACCCAAAGGAAGGUUUCAGCGACUUCAAGAAGAGUCUGACUAUGUGACCCAUUAUACAAGAUCUGCACCAAAGAGCAACCCCUGCAACUUUUGCCGCCUUUUAAAAAUAUUUUGCACAGCAAUCAUUUUAUUUAUUUCUGGAAUUUUGAUAGGCUAUUACACACAUAAAAAUUGCUCUUCAAAUGCUACGUCUUCAGGAACACUUGAUCUUCAGUUAUACCAAGAGAUUCUCAAGACAAUCCAAGCAGAAGAUAUUAGGAAGUCUUUCAGAAAUUUGGUACAACUGUACAAAAGUGAAAAUGACAUAGAAAUUUCAAAGAAGAUUAAAACCCAGUGGACUUCUUUGGGCCUGGAAGACGUACAGUUUGUAAACUACUCUGUGCUGCUGAACCUGCCAGGCACUUCUCCCAGCUCAGUGACUCUGAGCAGCAGUGACCAGUGCUUUCAUCCUAAUGGCCAGCCUUGCAGCGAAGAAACCAGACAACACAGCAGCCAAGAUCUGCUCUACUCAUAUGCAGCCUAUUCUGCCAGCGGAACUCUCAAGGCUGAAGUCAUUGAUGUGAGUUAUGGAAAUGCAGAUGAUUUAAAUAGGAUUAAAAAAAUGAAAAAUGUCACAAAUCAGAUUGCACUCCUGAAAUUAGGAAAACUGCCACUACUUUAUAAGCUUUCUUUAUUGGAAAAGGCUGGAUUUGGAGGUGUCCUUCUGUAUAUUGAUCCUUGUGAUUUACCGAAGACUGCAAAUCUUAGCUAUGAUACCUUCAUGGUGUCACUGAAUCCAGGAGGAGACCCUUCUACACCUGGUUAUCCAAGUAUUGAUGGAAGCUUUAGACAAAACCGAUUAAACCUCACCUCUCUACUAGUGCAGCCCAUCUCAGCAUCUCUCGUUGCAAAACUCAUCUCUUCGCCGAAAGAUAGAAUCACAUACAGUGCCUGUAGCCCUCUAGAACUUCCAAAUAAUGAGGAAAGAAUUGUCAGCAUGCAAAUUCAGACAGUCACAAAAUUUGAAACAGUUACUAAUGUUGUUGGAUAUUUAAAGGGCUCGACAUCUCCAGACCGUUAUAUCAUAGUUGGCAGCCGUCAUCAUACCGCAUACAGUUAUAAUGGACAAGAAUGGGCCAGCAGCACCGCCAUCAUCACAGCUUUUAUCCGGGCCUUGAUGUUAAGAGUCAAGAGAGGGUGGAGACCAGACCGCACUAUUGUUUUCUGUUCAUGGGGUGGAACAGCUUUUGGAAAUAUUGGCUCGUAUGAAUGGGGAGAGGAUUUCAAGAAGGUUCUGCAGAAAAAUGUUGUGGCUUAUGUUAGUCUCCACAGUCCUGUAAGCGGUAACUCAAGUCUCUACUCUGUAGCUUCACCAUCUCUUCAGCAACUGGUAGCUGAGAAAAAUAAUUUCAACUGUUCCAGAAGAGGUCAGUGCCCAGAAACAAAUAUCAGUUCUGUACAGAUGCAAGAUGAUGCCGAUUACUUCAUCAACCAUCUUGGAGUUCCCGCCGUGAGGUUUACUUAUGAGGACAUCAAAGCAUUAGAGGGUCCAAGUUUUCUCUCUGAAGGCUUUUUCCCUAAACGUGCAACAAAAAUUGAAGAAAUGGAUCCUUUUUUCAACCUUCACGAGACCAUUACCAAGCUCUCAGGAGAAGUGAUUUUACAAAUUGCCAACGAACCAGUUCUGCCCUUUAAUGCUCUCGAUAUAGCUUUAGAAGUUCAAAACAGCCUUAAAGGUGAUCAACCCAACACACCUCAACUGCUAGCCCUGGCCUCACGCCUGCGGGAGAGCGCUGAACUCUUUCAAUCAGAUGAGAUGCGUCCUGCUAAUGACCCCAAGGAAAGAGCUCCCAUCCGUGUGCGGAUGCUGAAUGAGGUUCUCCAAGACAUGGAGAAGAGCUUCCUGGUGCAGCGUGCACCCCCGGGGUUUUACAGAAAUAUCCUGUACCACCUUGAUGGGAAGACAAGCCAGUUUUCAAUACUCCUGGAGGCCUGGAAACACUGCAAGUCACUUGCAUCAAAUGAGACCCUUCAAGAAGCCCUGUCAGAAGUGUUGAACAGCAUUAAUGCAGCUCAGGUUUACUUCAAAGCAGGACUUGAUGUGUUUGAGAGUGUCUUAGUUGGAAAGAACUGAGAAAACUCUCAGCAUUUGAAAAAGUUUGUUUACAGUUCCUCAAGUGAAAGCUCUAAUCUGACUAGAUUUUCUGACAUUGAAGACUUUUUCCCUCCAAUGGUUUUUUAUAUAAGUAUAAAGCUAUUCUUCCUUUGUAUUUUUUAAUGUAUGUGUAAAAAGAGCAUUUUGCACAUUUAAUA